AUGGCACAGACUCCAUAUCUAGGCAGUAAGAUCAGUCUAAUAUCCAAGUUGGACAUCAGAUACGAGGGUAUUUUGUACACCGUCGACAGCAAUGAAUCGACUAUCGCUUUGGCUAAAGGUAACUUAUUUUACAUAAUUUUGGCCUUUAGAUUUAUCUAAAUUAUACUGUUUGAGUAAAAUGGAUAUUGACAGCUUUCGCGGUAAUAAAGUAUAUAUAUUUUAGUGCGAUCGUUUGGAACAGAAGACCGUCCAACGGAUCACCCGGUGAAGGCUCGUGAUGAAGUUUACGAGUUCAUUAUCUUCAAAGCUUCUGAUAUCAAGGAUCUCGUAGUUUGCGAAACAGCAAAGGAACGUGAAGAAGUUGGCGGAAUAGACUACGACCCCGCCAUCGUCUCUGUACAAUCAGCUCCUGCACCAUCGGAGAGUUCGAAACCAACCUCAUCUUCUCUUUCCAAACGUAAGAUGUACUAUUUUUUUAAAUCAUUAUUAUCGUUAUUUUACGUAAAUAGUUUGUUUUCUUAUAUUACUUAUUAUAUAUACUAUAUAAAUCAUACUUUAGCUCCGUCGAUUGAAAAGAAUGAAACUGAAAGCUCAAUGAAACCUCAAGCAUCCGUAAGACCAAAGCCCGAAUUCGGAAGCCGAUCUCAGCAAAGAAGUAAGUGCACUGAAGGUUGAUGACAUUUUUAAUUUAGGUGAUAACUACAAGCCCAAUAACUAUAACCGCGGUAACAACUUCAACCGUUUUAACAAGAAUGUGAAUCCAAAGGAAAAACUUAAAUUUGAUAGUGAUUAUGACUUUGAAAAAGCAAACGAGAACUUCCGUGUUCAGAUGGAGAGUUUGACUGCCGACAUGGGAAACAAGAUCGUGUUUGAUGGUAAGGAUUUACGAAUUCACAAAAUACAGCUCAAAUAUAUGUGUUAUGUUGUUGAUUCUCUUUUGACCGACUUGUUUCAGCCGACGUUGAGGAACGGAAGGAAAAGGAAAACACGGCCGAGCCAGCUCCUUGUUAUGAUAAGAGCAGCUCCUUCUUCGACGAUAUUUCCUGCGAGUCACAGGAGAAGGCGACUGGCAGGAACAAGCGUCCUGAUUGGAGAAAGGAACGACAAACCAACCAAGAAACGUUCGGCCAAUACGCGGUCAGGAACCACGGCAACCGAGGUGGAUAUCAUCGUGGAGGCUACCGGGGCGGCCAACGCGGCCACAACAACUAUCAUCAGAACCGCCGCGGAAGCAGGAACACUUAUGUGCAAAACAAGGAAAACGUCUGA